UACUGCUCAGCCGAGAACCAGAGCAUCCACAACUGUGAGGAAUCAGACAGAAGAUAGCAGGCUGACUGAGCUGCUUUGCUGUGUCGUGUGCCCAUCCACUGUCCCUCAGCUCAGCUGGGGCUUGAGGGCACAGGAUUCCUCUCAACCCCUGUCCCAACGAGGAAAGAAAUCCCCUUUCUUCUCCCCCUCCCUCCUUCCCUUCCUCUCUGUGUGUCCUGGUACCCGAGCUUUUUCUUUUUCAUCAUUAUCAUCAUCAUCUUUUUCCCCCAUGUAUGACGAUUCCUAUCUCCAUGGAUUCGAAGACUCUGAGGUGGGCUCAGCUGAUUCCUACACCAGCCGCCCAUCGUUGGACUCCGACGUGUCGCUAGAGGAGGAUCGCGAGGGUGGGAAGCGGGAAGUGGAGAAUCAGGCUCAGCAGCAGCUUGAGAAGGCCAAGCACAAGCCAGUCGCCUUUGCUGUCCGUACAAAUGUCAGCUACUGUGGUGCAUUGGAUGAGGAAUGCCCCGUACAGGGCUCUGCCAUCAACUUUGAAGCCAAAGACUUCUUGCACAUCAAAGAGAAGUACAGCAAUGACUGGUGGAUCGGACGGCUAGUGAAGGAGGGGGGAGACAUCGCCUUCAUCCCCAGUCCUCAGCGGCUGGAGGCCAUACGGCUGAAGCAGGAGCAGAAAGCCAGGCAGUCUGGCAAUCCUGCCAUCAGCAACCGGCGAUCGCCUCCCCCAUCACUAGCGAAACAGAAGCAAAAGCAGACCGAGCACAUUCCCCCAUAUGAUGUCGUGCCCUCCAUGCGGCCAGUUGUGCUGGUGGGACCCUCCCUAAAAGGUUAUGAGGUGACAGACAUGAUGCAGAAAGCUCUCUUUGAUUUCCUGAAGCACAGAUUUGAUGGCCGAAUCUCCAUCACACGCGUCACUGCUGACCUGUCAUUGGCCAAACGUUCCGUGCUCAACAACCCGGGCAAGCGUGCCAUCAUUGAGCGAUCCACAACCCGGUCCAGCAUUGCUGAGGUCCAAAGUGAGAUCGAGCGGAUAUUUGAACUGGCCAAGUCACUGCAGCUAGUGGUGCUGGAUGCCGACACUAUCAACCACCCCGCACAGCUGGCCAAAACCUCGCUGGCCCCCAUCAUUGUCUACGUCAAGGUCUCCUCCCCAAAGGUGCUGCAGCGACUGAUCAAGUCCAGAGGGAAAUCACAGGUGAAGCAUCUCAAUGUGCAGAUGAUGGCUGCUGACAAGCUUGUGCAGUGUCCUCCCGAACUUUUUGAUGUGAUCCUGGAUGAGAACCAGCUGGAGGAUGCCUGUGAACACCUGUCUGAGUACCUGGAGGUAUACUGGCGGGCAACCCACCACCCUGCGCACACUCUUGGUGGCCAGAACCUCAUAACACCUUCUACUGCCAUCCCAGGACUGCAGAACCAGGCCCCACAGGGCGAGCCAGGUACCGAGCGUUCCCCAGUGGAGCACGACAGCCUGAUGCAGUCGGAUGAAACAAAUGAUGCCUCCCGCAAAGCUUGGACAGCCUCGUCUCAGCGUGGCUCCCGGCACCUGGAGGAUGAGUAUUCGGAUGCCUACACCGACCUGUACCAGCCUCAUCGCAACCACAGCAGCAGCCUCCACAACACCAACGGCCACGACUCCCAGGACCGUCUCCUGGAGCGCGAGUCCGAGCACAACCACAACGAGAGGAACUGGCAGCGCAACCGGCCUUGGGCCAAGGACAGCUACUGAAACCCCCUCUGGCUGGACACCCCCCCACCCCUGGGCCCGGCAGCUGGGGAGGCGGAAGGAGGAAGGAGGAUGCUGCCGCCUCUGCCCCGCCACCACUGUUGCCCCCAGAUUGAGUCAAUUGCCUGUUCCUAAGCCUUCCUCUCUUUUCCUACCCAGCUGAGACCCACAGAAUACAGGUGCUAUCUUUGGAAUCCCUCUGAACUCAGCCACAGCUGCCUGAUUCCUACAUGCAGGUUGGGGGAAUUCUCUCAUUCACCUUAGUUAGGGGUCAAUGAUGAGGGCCCCGGAAAAUGUCCUUGCAGGGUAAAUUCCAUUGGUAGCUUUUGCAUCCCAGUUCCAUUUUCCAAGCAGCAAAGGGUGGGGAGGAGUUAGGCUCACAGUAUCUCUUGAAGAGAGACAACGUGGCUCAGAUAAAGAAAGGAACUAGGAAGAUGUGGCUUUCUUGUUCUUCUAACUCUAUGGAGAAGAGGGCUGCAUUAUUAGAGCAAAGGAGGAUGGACGGGCAAGGAUACCUGGUUGUCUUGUCCUUGUGCAACGUUUCUCAGCAGAAUCCCUCCUGGAUGUAGGGAACUACAAAGCCUAUCAUUCCCCCAGCCAGCAUGGCUACAGUUGUUGGAGAUUAAAAGUAGUUCUGGUCUGCCAUAGGAGUCAGUGUGGUGCAAAGAUUUGAGUUUUGGACUAGACUUCUGGAAGAACAGGGUUUAAAUCUCCACUUGUUCAUAGAAAUCCACUGGGUGACCUUGGGGAAGUGGCACUCUCUCAGCCUCAGAGGAAGGUGAAAGCAUACUCUGAAUAAACCUUGCCAAGAAAACUCCAUGAUAGCCUUAGGGUUGCCAUGAAUUCGAAAAUAACUUGGAAGGCAUACAACCACAAAUGGUCUAGCAUACCCGAAGGGUACCAUGCUGUGAAAAGCUUGUCUGAUGGGUUAAGUACAAUGUUAUGAGCAAAAGAAACAAAGUUGGUUUCUGCCCUGCCAUAGGACUUGAUGUUAAUCCUUGUUUUGCAAUCAGUGGUUGAUGAAGGCACAAGAAAGUUAGCUUGUAAGAAUGGCUGUGAUCAGCAAGUCAGCCCAAACAGUUGAAACAGGUAGAAGGCCGAGUGUGAGCUCUGUGGUACUGGUGAUCAUUUUUCGCACAUACUUUGGUGCCUCACAGACCAUAAGCAGCAGAUCAGUUUGAACUAUGCUGGCCUGUACUAUUUCAGGUGGCAUGGAUUGGAAACUAUCAUGCAGCAAUGCUCCCAAAUUCCUUUAUGCAAGAAGAUAUAUAAGGACAAAGACUAUGUAUUAGUUUCAACUUUUAGUUUUUGGUACACUCUUUCUCUCUACAAGUACAGAAUAGGAGCAGGGGACAUUCUGUGACUAUGUUACCUGUAGUCUUAAUUGAUACGGUCCAGAAACAUGUUUUCCACCUUUAUUUACUGCAUUAAUGGAGACAUAAGAUAGGAUCCAAAAGGUUGGAAGCAAAUUAUGUGCUGCUCACCCUACAGGGUGACCUUGAGAAAGUUACACACUCGGCAAAAGAGGAAUGCAAGGGCAAACUCCCUUAUGAACCAAUUUUGCCAACAAUAAUAAUAACUUUAUUUUUGUAUGCCACCACCAUCUCCCCGAAGGGACUCGGAGUGGCUUACCCAAUCAAUCAUAUUUACAUCAUAAAAUAUACAAUUAAAACCCAAGUAUCGAACUAAAACCGAUUAAGCAAACCACGGUUUAAAAUAGGAUUGCCGUAAGUUGGAAACAACUUGAAGGUACACAAUGGAUGUCUGCAUUUUAACUUGAUUACUUGCAGACAUAUGCAGCCAAGAAGAGUGAGCUAUGUCACCUUAUCUUCACAUUGCUCUGCUAAAUACUAAAACAAGAUUCUGCAAUGUGUCAAAAUGUGCUUUGAAACAAAAUCAAAGCCAUCCAAAGAUUCUCUCCCGCCUCACUCCCAAAUUUGGCUUCCAUGUACCGAAAGCCGAAUCAAACGGAUUCUUUGGAAGGUGGGAGGCUGAAUAGGCACAAACAAAAGCCUAUCAGAUGGGACCCCAAGACAUGUUUGGGAGGCUGUGGUUUUGGGCAGGAGAGUUCCAGGAGGGAAGUGUGCUUCCUAGUUUCCAGUCUAGAUCCACUCAAACUAAACACACCUCCUGCAGCUGCUUUUUCUCUGAUGGAAAUCCACAGGGGGUAAAAAAAUGGGGUGGUAAAGAGAGAAAAACAGCAGUCUGCACUCAAAAUGGCUGUUUUAGGGCUGUCGAGAGUAACUUUGACUUAUGAUUUGGUUAAAAUAAUGGGUGAGUUGUCAUUUCUUUGGCAUGGCAGUCUAGAGGCUCAGCCUGGAUUUGAUCUUUUUGUUUUCCUUUCCUUCUCCUCUUGUGGAUUCUGUUCCUUGUCUGUGCACAGCAACACCAACUCUGUGGAGGAGCUGGUGCAGGAAAAGACAUCUGUAAAGCCACAAUGUGUGUUUUUAAAAAAUCCCACCCUGCCCGCAUUUCUCUGCCAACUGCAUGAGGCCUUGAUCUUCCAUAGUCAGUCUUGGGGUGGGGCGGAGAGGGAGAGGUGCUGGGUGGGUAAUCCCCACCUUCAUUUCUUUUGGGUCCUGUCCUGAGAAAAGAGGUGUUGGGCCAGAGCCUACCCCACUGCCUGCUUCCUAAUGCACAGCCCCUCCAACCCCGAUGCCUUUCCGUCCUGCCUACCCCGACACCUUCAGGCAUUUCACUGGCAGUGGACAGCAGCCCCUUGCCCCUAAAUAGCACGUACACCUAUCUGAAAUCAGCCUGUAUAUACUGCGCACUGUCAUCGGGAGUCAUUUGAGUGUCAAUUACGUGCCCUACACUGCCAAGAGCUGAGGGAGAAGCUGCUUCUUGCUUCCCAGCUUCGGUGGUUUCGGGCCCAGGGAGAUUGGGUUCUAUCCCUGCGGCUGCCGUUCCGCUGGCCACUGUGGCAACCGCUUUGUUACGAUUCUUUUUUCUUUUGUAGAGGGCACUUCUUUCCCCAACAACUUGUAAGCAGUUUGAAACAACAAGCAUUUGCUGUUUAUAGAA